AUGGCGGACGAGGAGAAGCGACGCGUUCCGGAGGUGAUUGAGCUCGCGGAGAGCGACAACGAGGACGAAGAACACAAGGGAGAGCACGAUGAAGAUGAGUAUGUUUUGGAGAGCACCGACGAGGACGCUUGCUGCAUCUGCCAGGACGUGGUAGAUAUUCUGAAACAAGGUCAUCUGUCCAGCUGCGACCACCGUUUCCACUUCGACUGCAUCGUGGCUUGGGCCAAAGUGACCAACUUGUGUCCACUAUGCAAGACCAAGUUCAGCUCAGUCACUCGACAGGACGCACAGGGUGCAGUGGUGCAUCGCGAGGUUAUCACGGACGUCAAACAAGUUUAUCGACCAGACCCAUCCGACCACGAUAUUGCCGCUCAAUUGCGUCUGGUAAACCAAGCAAGAUGCGAACUUUGUGGCUCUGGCGAGGAUGAACAUGUGCUGCUACUGUGCGAAGCGUUGGGCUGUGGCGUAGCCAACCACACGUACUGUAUCGGACUACGAUCGGUACCUAAUACAUCAUGGUACUGCUCUAGUCACGCCACAACUCAGCAGAGAGCUAGCGAUGCGAUUGAACGACCAGCCACGACGGUGUCUACACGACGUCGGACACGGCGAUUGGCCAGUUUAAUGUCGAAUGUGCUGCGUGGACGUAGCGGAUCAACGUCCACAAGAUCGCGAAGGCGCGGACCGUCAGGUUUUGUUGCAGUAGAAGAAGCAGAAGAUCGAAGACCGGUGCGAGGCAUCGCAGCGGCGUAUGCUCUGCGUAUGUCGAGAGAACUGAUGCAAGUGCAACUACGAGCAGAUGCCAUGUUCGCCCGCGGCGAUCUAACGCAAUCCUCUCUAUAUGGACGGAGAAAUGGAAAUGCUGCUCUUGGUACACGGUCUACAGUGACAUCGACGCCGUCGAACAUCGAUCAAAUGUGGAAAGAUCACAGUCGAAGUCGACAAGAACUCGCGGCGGCGGCGAUCGCAACGCGCGACUCGAGUUUGCUCAAUGAAAUCGGCAGUAAACGACCCAAUCAACGCAACAAUCGCGUGUCGAACACGUUUGCUCCGGAAUACUGCGAGCUCGCCAAACUGAUGCAAGAUGCAGUGAACAACGACAAUUACGCGUCGUCCGUGUCGCUAUUGAUCCCCAAGACAGCCAAAUUGAGACUGGUAUCGAGGGUUAAAACGUUUUUCAGUCGACUGAAUCAAAAGGAGAAGGCAGCGGCACUUGAAGUGGGUUGUCUGGCAGUUUUGCACGAGUGGAUUCGCGUUCCAGAACGAGAUGGAGACAGCUCUACAGCACCCAAUCCACAGGUGUUAGAUGCUGUUAUCGGUAUCUUAGAGACGCUUCCUGUUCGUAAAGAAGACCUUGUCGAGGUAAGUACACAUGUUGAGGAAGGCUUACAAGCCACGUUGGACGGUCUUUCCGAGCUUUCCGACGUCAGUAUCGAGAUUCGACAGCGAGUUAUCGAACUUAGCGAGAAGUGGCGAGAUUUGAACCCUCCAGCUCUGAUUGAGUCACCACCACCUCAAGUUACUCAACAAGUAUCGUCGCCUGUUAACGCUGCCCAGAACUUGCCCGUAAUUGAGGCAUUUACCUCACCGAAGCGUCCAGCACGAGCACACGGCAAACGGAAACGAGAAGCAUGGUCGGAUACUGUUGUCGAGUAUGUCAAGGCCAAGCUGUAUCCUCUGUACAAGGAGCAUGGAGGCUCUGGAAAGUUGACUCGAGAGCGAUUCAAGACGAUCGUGAAGCAAGUAGCCGAUCUGUUUUCACAGGAAGCAGCCUCCAUGCAGUCGGCCGUGUUGUUGCCCUCCGGAGAGCUGUCGAAUCUCGCCAAGUCUCGUAUAAAAAAACUCAUCGAUAGAGUGUACAAGGCGUCCACGAGUGGUGCUUCUGUUUCCUCUCGUUCCAGCUAUCCUACUCCGUUACUUAUGCGCGCCACGGUGCCAGCAUCGACGUAUUCUGCGGUCCCCUCUGUCAAGCACCAACGGAGAUAA